GUGCCAGAAUGGCCGUCACGGGCUUCGCUCUCGUAUCCGUAGUUUUAAUUUUGUUCCUGCUUUAUUGGUUUUUAACGAAGACAUUCAAUCAUUGGGAAAAGUGCAAUAUACCAUAUUUGCGAAAUGCAAUUCCUGGAUUUGGGCAUUUGUUGCCUCUUCUUACACUUAGAGAGAAUAUAGCAUUAUUUUCAAACAGAGUAUACAAAAUGUCGGAUAGUAGUAUGACUGGUUUUUAUUUUUUACGACAACCAGCUUUGCUCGUACGUGAUCCAGAAUUGAUAAAAAGCAUUCUGCUAAGCAACUUUUCAAGUUUUCGUAAUAAUGGGAUUGUAUUGAAUGAAGAUGCAGAUCCGGUUUUAUCGAAAAAUCCAUUCUUCACGGGUGAUUAUCAGGCUUGGAAAAUUGCAAGAGCCCGCGUGUCCAAUAAUCUUUCGAAACUCAAGUUAAAUUAUCUAUUUGUAAUAGUGAACGAUGUAAUUUCAAAAAUGGUUGAUUUCAUCGAUAAGAAAAUUGAGAAAGAUGGUAGUGUUUAUGAAUGUGAAUUGAAAAAGGAAUUUUCACGAUAUACUGGAGAAGUUGUUGCUAAUGCUGCGUUCGCCAUUAACGGCCAGAGUUUUAGCGAUAAUCCCGACAAACUCGCAUUUACAAAUGUCGCUAAUACGCUAUUCGACACAAAUUUCAUCAAUGGUAUUAAGCAAAUGUUAAUUUUCUUUUUGCCGAAUGUCGCGCGUCUCUUGAGAGUAAACUUUUUACAGAAAAGUACAGAUUUAUAUUUGAGAGAGAAUUUAAAGGCCAUUAUAAAGCAAAGAAAGCAAGAGAAUAGUCAGCCCAAGGAUUUUCUUCAAUUUUGUAUAGAUUCAAAUACUGAAGAUAAUAUAGACGGCAUCAUUUCCGAUGUAAUUGUGUUUUAUCUCGACGUUUUGGAAACUACAAGCACAGUCUUAUCAAUAUUAUUUUAUCAUCUCUCUGAAAAUCCGGAUGUGCAAGAAAAGCUACGAGCUCAUGUAAAUUCGGUACUUAAAGAGACUGAUGGCGUAUUAACCUUCGAGUCAUUGAAAAAUAUGGAUUAUUUAGAGGCAACGUUAAACGAGUCAUUACGAUUAUUACCACCAUUCGGAGUACUUACAAAAUUCUGCACUAAAGAAAUUACUCUAACAGGAUCUGACAAUUUGAGUUGCGUAUUACGACCGGACGAUCGAAUUUUUAUCUCAUUAAAUGGUCUUCAUUCGGACAGCAAAUACUGGCCGGAGCCGCACAUCUUCAAUCCAGAAAGAUUUACUAAAGAAAAUCAAAAUAAUAUAACGAAAUUUACGUUCUUGGGAUUUGGUGAAGGACCUAGAAUCUGUGCUGGUAUGAGAUUUGCAAUGAUAUUGGUGAAAGUCGCGACGGCAACGUUAUUGAGCAAAUAUUCAAUCGAGCAUUCCCAAAAAACAAAAUUACCUUUUCAAUUUGUUACUACAUCAUUUAUAACGUACAUACAAGGAGGUUUGUGGGCAAAAGUCAGAAAAUUAAGUGAAUCGAACGAAAAUGAUGUUUAAAGCAUCGAUUGCAC